GUGUGAGAUGUCUGAGACGUGCUAUAUAUGGAGGCGUAUGAUUAGCUCUAGUCUUUGGGAGCGAUUUACCCUCAAAACUGUUGCUAUGUCUCACGCCUGUCCAGGUGAAAAGAGAAUCAAGGGGGGCGAGGACGUAUGUAAUUGGAUCUGUGAAUUCGCAUAGUUUGCCGACACUACAGGUAAGACAUAGUGUACUUAUUAGUUAGCUAUGUUGGUCAUAUUGAUAAUAACAUCUAUCGUAUCCCCCGGAUCGACAACCGCUUGGGGCUCCAUAGGGUUGUUAAUCAAUCGUCUUUUGAGCAUGUAUAAUUCAAGAUGUUGUUAUCAUAGUACACAUACAUUGGCCUACUAUCGCCAGAAGUUUCCACGUAUAAGUGGGAACUUAUUGACAGCUCUAUAUAAUCGUCGAUGUCUGUUAUGAUAUUACUGCAACCAACUCAAUUGUUAGCUCUCCUCAUACUAACGUCAGCGUGCAUAGCUCACCAUACUGGCGGUAUAUGCGAAACCAAAGGCGAUCGUCAAUGCGGCUAACAAGUGUUUUCUGUUUUCCAUCAGGAUGCCCAACAAUCACUUACAUGCUGACUAGACUUGGACGGUCAAUAUGUGUAGCAAGUAGUAACCCUCGCCAGUGUUGCUCGCACAUGGACCAUUUACCAGUUGACAGUGCAUGACGCCUGAGGAAUAUGUCGAAUCAAGAUAGAAUUCUGUCGCUGCUAGAAGCACGUGUAUAUUUCAGCCAUGCGUGAAAGGCCCGAUAGAGACACAUGCGUGAUGCUCCCUUUCCCGCGCUCGGACAUUCUCGCCGGCAUCAAUCACCUAACGGGAGACCCAUAGUCACCAGUACGAUCCUAGUAAGUCUUUGCAGGCUUCUGUCUUCUUUUCGUUUUAGACGCCACGUAUAGUACUGCAAUUUUGGUGGUUUUUUCUCCCUCGCGUUCUCACCAAUGGGCCAGACGGAAAUAGAGAUGUUUCAGCAGUUCCAAGCUUACGUAGAGGGAACCAGACACUCUAAUUUGCAGAAGCACGUCCAUUUUCUCACAGAUUUUAGUGCGUCAUACGAUCGUGGCGUGUCCAAAGGUAACCCAGUCC